AUGCAGGAAGUGGAUCACAAGACCGCACGGGCUGAGUGCUACAAUUCUCAAAGAGAGGAAACCGUAAUUGAGACAUGGAAAUGGCAAGAGACAAAUGACGGUGUUACGCCGAUGACUGAAUUGUUGAUGCAGGUAGACCCAAGAAAAGGAUCGCGUCCAAACUCCCGGGUGCGGCUGCACAAAUCCCCGCUCGUUUGUGAGCUUCUGCCCGUCACAAUUCCUCCCACUGCUCCCCUCACUAUCUCCUCGCCUCUUCUCUGCAUUAUUCAACUGCAGGCAUGUAUCAAUCCCAUCUUAGCGGCCGCCGUGAGGCAAGGGUCUGGCCAAACAUGGACCCUUGAUAUAGUUGAUGGGGGGGACAAACCGGGCUCGUUGGGUAUUGUUCUGCAAGCCUAUGAUGUUAUGUUUUGGAAUAAGAUGGACGCUUGCCCAGGCUAUUUGACAAACCUCGGCACCAUCUAA